AUGAAUAUUUUGGUCAAGUUUCACGAUUGGAUUGACAAUAUUCAAAAAAAGUUAAACUUGACUAAGAAGACAUUGAAUGAUCUGAAGUGGAUUCUCGCCACCAAAGAUAUUGAAAUAAAAGUUAAAAGCCACGAAGUUAAAGAGCUGAGGCAUUCAAUCACUGAAUACGAGAAGAAGCACAAAAUUCGUGAGGAAGCGAUGAAACAUACAGAAGAAACUUCAAAUUCACUGAACAUAGCUUCUAUUUCUCCUUUAAAUCCAGAUUCACUUGAACCAGGCUCAGAAUAUUUCAUAGCUCCUCUAUGCCCAAACGUGUCAACAACCGGAGUAACACACGUGACAACAAUUUCAUUGUCUUCUUCAUUAAAAAUCUCCAGUGACAAUGUAUUGCGGCCUGAAUUCGUUACUGCCGAGCACUCGGUAGUUUUUUCAGUUGCUAAAGCCACCAAUGCUUUUCCAAUUGGAUCUAAAAAUUCCGAGCAUGAAGUUGAAGCUAUCGAAUUACCUAUGGUCAGUGAGAAAGACAAUGUAAAUCCAGAAAAAGUUUCGGUUACUCAGCCUCGAAAAUUAGGAAGUAUAAUAUCCCAACGAAAAGUCCCAGUUGCCCUGGCUAACAUGUCUGCGAGUCAAACGAUCGUUUCCAACGUUUCUUCUGAAUCCGUUGAUCGUCAGACGGUUUUACUGGACAUGUCCAGCAUGGAAGUAGGAACCGAAGAGGCAAAACGGACACAGCCUACUUACAGGCACGAAAUUUCGGAUAGAAUUUUUGAUGUAGAAGAAGAGACUCCCAUUUCUCGGUCUUUGCCUCGGAUUCUAGAGCAACAAUCUUCUCUGACGCUGAUUGAUUCUGAUUCUGAUGAAGAUAAAGAUAAAGAUAAUUUAGGAAUAAAAUCUCCUGAGGCUGUUAGAGCGUUAGAUCAAAGCGCAAACUUACCGGAUGUAUCGGCAUUAAGGAUGUCAAUUUUACGAGCUUCGGUGAAUAGUGGAAAUCAAACUUCCAAUCAAUCUAUCCGCAAUUCUGGUACUUCUGUUAUUUACGAACAGCGCUUGUCAUCCCAAACGAAUUUACAGAUUCCUGUUAAAGAAAAACCUGUUAUUAUUAAUAUCACUCAGCCAAAAUCGUUCAAUAGUUUUGAUUUGUUUAGACAAAGUGGUGAUUAUGACAAAGAGCGCAAGGAAGAUGAACGAGACAAACGCGAAGCAGAAUUAAAAGAACAAAUAUCAGAAAUUAGUCGAGAGAACGAUAAAUUAAGAAGAGAUAAGCUUAAAUAUGAGAGCGCAGUUAAAAAAGCAUUAUUUCGUGGAUUUAUGUCUUUAAUUACAGAAGAAAAGAUGAAGGUUCCAAAGAGACGGAUUACAAAAAUUUGUUACACACCUUGUGCUCCUUGUAGUACAAUUGCUUCUUCAACUAGCAAGUAA